AUUUACUUCCUGCUUUAAUCUUUAGACGGAAGAUUUAAGGCAAGGCUCUUUCCUCCCCGGAUAAAAUAAGACAGGAAACAUACCUAAUAAAAUGACAUCGACAAAGUUAGUUGUUGGUGCUAUAGACUUUGGGACAACAUAUUCAGGAUAUGCAUUCUCCUUUGCACACGACUAUGAAAAAGACCCAAUGAAAAUACAAGCAAACCAUUGGAUUGGUGGAGGACACAUGUCACUUAAGGCUCCGACAACAAUUCUCUUUACACCUGAAAAAGUUUUUCAUUCAUUUGGAUAUCAAGCAGAAGAUAAAUACGCUGAUCUUGCAGAAGAAGACAUUCACAAAGAUUGGUAUUACUUUAGAAGGUUUAAAAUGAUUCUACAUCAGCAAACGACAUUGUCAAGAAAAACAUUAUUGUAUGACGAAAACAAGAAAGCGAUGACGGCUUUACAUGUCUUCUCGUCUGCGAUAAAAUUUCUUAAAGACGAUCUUUGCGAUGAAAUAUCAAAGAAAAUGACAGGAUUUGAAGAACGGGAUAUUUUUUGGGUGCUGACUGUACCCGCGAUAUGGACUGAUGCAGCUAAAAAGUUUAUGAGAGAGGCUGCUGUAGAGGCUGAUAUUAAGUCAGAAUGUCUAUCCUUAGCACUAGAACCUGAAGCCGCCUCUGUGUUUUGCAAAUUACUUCCGGUCAACUGUCUUAAGCUGAACAGUUCGAAAUUCGUUGAGACGUUUAAGCCAGGAACAAGUUACAUUGUCCUUGACCUUGGAGGUGGCACUGUUGAUGUGACUGUUCAUCACUUAGAGUAUGAUGGAAAGCUUAGUGAGAUCGCUCGUGCAAGUGGCGGUGCAUGGGGUGCUACUCAAGUUGAUGAAGCAUAUUUAGAAUUCCUUGAAGAAUUGUUUGGUAGAUGCGUUUUCCAAGCUUUCAGAGAAAACAACACAAGUGAUUUUCUUGAGAUGUUGAGAGAAUUUGAAAUAAAAAAGAGACUUAUAAAUACAAAGAAAGAAGGCAAAAUUGUAAUAAGAUUCGCAGCCUCACUUUCGGAAACAUAUAAAGAAAAAUGCGGGAAAACUCUUGCUUAUCACAUAUUACCAGGACAUCUAGGAUCUUUUGUCCAAUUAAAAAAGAAUAAAAUAUUGGUUGAUGCAAACGUAAUGAGGAAGUUCUUUUCGGAAUCGAUCAAAAAUACAAGCAUUCAUGUAAGAAAAAUUUUGGAAGAGAACGAAUUAAGAAAAAUCGAUACGUUAUUGCUUGUUGGGGGAUUUGCUGAAUCGGAAAUAGUUCAGGGGAGCGUGAAAGAAGCAUUUCCAAACAAAAGAAUCAUCGUACCUAGCGAACCUGGUUUAGCCGUUUUAAAAGGGGCAGUACUGUUUGGCCAUAAUCCUUUGGUUAUGAAAUCAAGAAUAAGCAAGUAUACUUACGGAACGGAGAUCAUUCGUCCUUUUGUUGAUGGCACAGACCAAGAGAAAUACAAAGUUUUCGAAAAUGGCAUAUACAAAUGCAGAUAUAAGUUUUUUCCAUUUGUUCAAGCUGGUGAAAUGGUUCCCGUCGGUACGGUUGUCAGAAGGUACUGCAUUUCAGAUACUUUUGAUGUUGAAGAAGGAGUUGGAAUAUAUGCCUCUACAAAAGAACAUCCCAAGUACGUCGUUGAUGACUGCUGUUUCCGGGUUGGAACAGUAUACUUUGAUGAACCUCGUCAACACUUCAUGGCUGAAAUGCAUUUUGGAGAAACAGAAAUCUGCCUGAAAUGCAUUUUUGAAUCAGGCAUUAAAAAGACUGUGGAAUUUGACUAUUUAUGUACAUAAGAAAUUAUAAGGGUAUGUGACUGUUGUUGUGUGCAAAAUUUUUUACUAGUACUAGUAUGUCCUAGUGAAAUUUUCUUUUUAUCAAACAAAGGUUUUCAAAGAAAAAUAUAUAUGUGCAUACAGAUGUUAAAGAAAUAAAAAAGUAAUAUUCCAUGAUAUUUUACGCUUGUGCUUCACAAAUAAUAAUGACACGACAUAACUUAUGGAACAGAA